GGAUGUAGCAAAGUAUCAUUUAAAUUAUUAGUAUCACUUAUCCUGGCUUCUUCAACUUGAUAUGUUGAGAUUCUCGUGGUGAUCAAUUAAUCGUAUUAAUACCUUUACCAUCCCAGAAUGGCAGAUAACUCUGAGCAAAAAAGCCCUUCAAAUGAUCGGAAAGUAUAGAACACUGAAAGAGAUACAAUACAGGACCAAUUAUCUGUCUUGGGAAGAUUAUUUUAUGGCCGUCGCUUUUCUCUCUUCUCAGAGGAGCAAAGAUCCAUGCACACAAGUGGGUGCAUGCAUUGUUAAUGACAUGAACGUAAUUGUUGCCACCGGUUACAAUGGAAUGCCGAAAGGUUGUAGUGAUGAUGAUUUUCCCUGGCAAAAAAACACAGAGAACAGACUUGACUCCAAAUUUCUUUAUGUAUGUCAUGCAGAGGUGAAUGCAAUCCUCAACAAGAAUUCGGAUGAUGUGAGGAAUUGCAGGAUAUAUGUGGGUUUAUUUCCCUGUAAUGAGUGUGCAAAGGUGAUAAUUCAAUCUGGAAUUACGAAGGUUAUCUACAUGUCAGAUCAGAACAGUCACAAGCCCGAGACUAUCGCAUCUAAGAAAAUGUUCGAGGCCGCAAAGGUCGAGUACAGACAAUAUAUUCCAAAGCAAAAAAAAAUUGUUAUCGACUUUAAUCAAAUUGAUUGGAAUAAUCAGGAUCAAGGGCCACCGACACCUUUGAAGAAAAAUAUUGCAUUGUAGUGUCGAGGUAGAUGGAAGAAAAAGUCUUGUUAUCGCGGCGUUCAAUUAUUUUUUUAAUACGAAGAGAGAAACUACUCAAGUGCCUUGAGGAUGUGCUUGUUGAAAAUACACCUGUUAAUUAGUGAAAA